ACGCAAAAUAAACAACACAAGCUCACUUGAUUUUUCUAAUUUUACCCCUAGAGCUUCUUAUUUUAACGAUGUGUACCGCCGGAGGUUUAUGCCCGCUCGCCCCUCCCCCAUCCCUUCAGCGGCGGCGCACCUCCCGGCGACUGGAGCUCCCUCGUUGCGGUCCCCGGGGAGGCGGGGACGGGCUGACCGUCAUCGAAGCGACAGGGGCAGGUGGAUCUCGCUGAUUCGUUGCCAAAGUAAUUAAGGCGUGCUCGCCAUGGAAGUGGAAGAAGCAGGAGGCGGAGUGGAGAACGCCGGCAAGGACGAGGUGGAGGCGGAGUACCAUUCGCACGACUUCGAGUGGGAGGACCUCAGGGCGGAGGUGGAAUCCGACCCCGCCUUCUCCUACCACCUCUCCCCCUUUCCUGGCCCCGCCGCGAGCACCACCUCACCGCCGCAGCCUUCGUCGGAGGCCUGGAGAAACUUCCACCGUCGCCACGCGUCUGGCAAGUUCUUCAAGGAAAGGAGGUAUUUGCUCAAGGAAUUUCCUGAGCUGCCUAACAGCAAAGAUUGUGCCAAGAUUUUAGAAGUGGGAUGUGGGAAUGGAAGUACUGCUGUUUCCAUACUGCGGUCUAGUGAAAGCAUCACUGUCUUUGCUUGUGACUGUAGUAAAGACACUCUUGAGAAGGCAAAUGAGAUUAUAUCUAAUACAAAAGGGAUUGAUAUCAAGGAUAGAUUCCACCCCUUUUUAAUGGAUGUUUCUAAAGAAUUUUUUCCAGAUUGGUUAUUCUGCAAUGCCUGUAAAAGUUCACAUGGAAAGUCUACUGAAUUUCAUUUGUUUAUUCAUUUAAUUAAAUUUCCUUUAUUUGAAUUUUCGUUCAUAUUACCUAGUUCUGAACUCUGCAUAACAUUUUUGCUUUCAGAUAGUUGUCAUGAAAUGAGAAAAGAGCGCCCAGACUUCCUGAGAGAGAAUCAAUGUUGUGUCGGUGGCAUGGAUUUUAUCACCAUGAUAUUCACAUUAUCAGCCAUACCCUUCGCCAUAAUGCCAAGUACUAUAGAGCAAUGUGUUUGUGUUCUGAAACCAGGUGGCCUUCUUCUGUUUAGGGAUUAUGUAGGUCUUUAUGACAUGACGAUGCUUCGGUUCUUACCUGAUCAAAGAGUAGGAUUUCGGGAAUAUAUGCGGUCAGACGGCACCUUGUCAUACUUCUUCACAUUGGACACUGUGAGAGAACUCUUUCAUGCUGCUGGGCUAAUAGAGUUGGAGCUGGAAUACUGCUGUGUCAGGUCAGUGAACCGAAAGAAGAACGGGAAGAAGAUGCAGCGGGUAUGGGUGCAUGGAAAAUUCCUGAAGCCACCAAGCUGGCGCUGACAAACUGUGAAUGUUGUGUGUCAACAAACUUCCACUGCUGUGGCAAUUCUUUACCCCCUGCUUCAACCUAGCCAUUCUAGCCACCGGAUCAGAGUCCCUUAUGCAGAUUGCCUGACCACUUAACAGUCUGUCUUCAUAGCUGCAGACUAGCGUUGUUUUGGACUGAGUUUAAUCUGGCCUGCCUGAUCUGGCAGAAUGUCGUUUUGAUAGGGCUCUGUUUUAGCUUCACGCCGUGACGAGGUGGGAAGGUUGAAUCAGUGUCCAGUGAACAAGGGCGAGCCGUGACGAGGUGGGAAGGUUGAGUCAGUGUCCAGUGAACAAGGGCGAGGCUACCAGUGUCGGUGUGGUGUGCAUGCACCGUGGAGUGAGAGCUCAAGCUGGAUUUUUUUUUUUCAGUUUUGCUUUCAUCUAGGCGUGCAGGGUUAUCAAAUUUUGUUUAGCCUGUUUAUUCCAUUUUGCUAAACAUGCUUGAGGAUCCAGUGUAUUUGAAGUUUAGCUUCCACAGUAGUGUUUCACUUUCAUAAAAACCAAAUUUGAUGAAA